AUGGCGCCAUUCGAAACACCAUAUGGCAGGGCUUGUAGAACACCGUUGUAUUGGGAUGAGGUAGGAGAAAGAAGUAUAACGGGCCCAGAAUUGGUUCAGCAGUCGGUGGAAACAGUAAAAGGUUAUCCGGGAAAGGGGCUGACGAAGCUACUGGCGGACAAUGCCCCUAAGGCGAUGAGGGAGCAGAAGCUGGAGAGCUACUUCGGCCGGAGGAUCGCCGUCGAUGCCAGCAUGAGCAUCUAUCAGUUCCUCGUUGUGGUUGGGAGGAAGGGGACUCAGAUGCUCACCAAUGAGGCUGGUCAAGUUACCAGUCAUCUGCAAGGCAUGUUUUACCGGACGAUUAGGCUGUUGGAAGCGGGGAUACAGCCAGUCUACGUAUUUGAUGGUCAACCUCCUGAUUUGAAGAAGCAAGAGCUUGCAAAAUGUUUUUUGAAGAGGGCAGAUGCCUCUGAGGACUUGGCAGUAGCCAUUUUGUCUCAGAACAAGGAAGACAUAGAGAAAUUCAGUAAAAGAACUGUGAAGGUGACACAACAGCACAAUGAAGAUUGCAAAAGACUACUAAGACUUAUGGGUGUUCCACUAGUUGAGGCUCCUUCAGAAGCAGAGGCACAAUGUGCUGCACUUUGCAAAGCUGGAAAGGUUUAUGCAGUUGCUUCUGAAGAUAUGGAUUCCCUUACUUUUGGAGCUCCUAGAUUUCUUCGACAUUUUAUGGAUCCCAGCUCAAGAAAAGUUCCAGUCAUGGAAUUUGAAAUUUCCAGGAUCUUGGAGGAGAUGAAUCUGGAUAUGGAUCAAUUCAUUGACCUGUGCAUUCUCUCUGGAUGUGAUUAUUGUGAAAGCAUUCGAGGUAGACAUGAUAUUAUUGCGGUUUCAGUUAUCCUUCUUAAGGAAAUGUUUGCUUGUUUUUUGAAUAGGUAUCAGAUACCCGAUAAUUGGCCCUAUGGCGAAGCUCGACUGCUUUUUAAGGAACCAAUAGUUUCUACGGAAGAACAACCUGAGAUAAAAUGGACUGCUCCAAAUGAGGAGGGCUUAAUGUCCUUUCUAGUGAAUGAGAAUGGGUUCAACAUUGACAGAGUGACAAAGACGAUAGAGAAGAUUAAGGCAGCUAAGGAUGAGUCAUCACAAGGCCGAUUAGAAUCCUUCUUUAAGCCAGCUAAGAAUCUAUCUAUACCUGCUAAGAGGAAGGAAAGCAAAUGCACACUUCAAUCCCCCAAUCUGGCGUUCAAGCCUAAGACAUGCUCUACACAAGUCUCUGUAAAUCUCCAGCACAGGUUCCUUGGCAACUUUAAAAUGCCAACCAUGGUCCUGGGUUUGAGGAACUUCAAACAGCCGUUGAGAGUUGUCUGCCUCCCGACAUGGAGCUAAAUGAUGGUGGAUGUAAGAACCCUAUUUAUUGGGCAAGUCCUGACUUGUAGAUGCUGUUUUUGCCCAUUGUUGGAAGCAAGUUGAUGCUUUCCUUUCCUAAAAAACGGGUCAUGUCUUAUGGUACUGCAAUUUUGGAAGAGAUUUGUAUAAAUUUUUAUUAGAUGGAUGAAGUUUGCUCUCUAUGCUAGAACGAGAUUGGUACUUCUUGUCGGGCAAAUUGCAUUUUAGUGUUCAUUUUACGAUACGUAUAUGUCACUUAUACAAU